AUGGCAGAACUCACUGAUGAUGCCGACCACGAUGCCGGCGAAACGUCUGAGAAUGUACCAAAUCUUCGGUCUGAUGCUGGGAAUUAUGAUACCUACUAUGGCAGAGGACUUCGGGCAAGGUGCGUUCUAUUAAGUCUCACCAACAAUAACACUAAAAUGCAACAACGAGGUCAACCAAUUUUUAUAAAUAGAAAAGACUGCGACCAUAUCAGGGGCCACACAAUCUUGAUCUUCAUAUCUUCGAUAAAAGUGAAAAGUAAUCAUCCAAGUAUUACAUAA